AUGGCGUCCCUCGGCUUAGGGGGGCUCAACGUCUCCGCCCGGAGGAAGAGCGUCCCGUCCCGCAACGCCGCGGUGGAGAGGCGGAACUUGAUCACGGUGUGCAGGUUUUCAGUCAAGACUCUGAUUGACCGUUCCUGUUUUGAAACUAUUGAUGAUACUUCCCCUGAAUUUAAUAAUUUUGCAGCCAUUCUGGAACAGAUUCUAAGUCAUCGACUGAAAGGUCAGAUCACCUGGUUCGGCUAUGAAAGUCCUCGUAGUUUCUGGGACUACAUUCGCGUAGCUUGCCGAAAAGUCUCUCACAAUUGCAUCUGCAGUAUUGAGAACAUGGAGAAUGUCAGUUCUUCUAGAGCUAAGGGUCGAGCAUGGAUAAGGGUAGCACUUAUGGAAAAACAUUUGUCUGAAUAUAUUUCCACAGCUCUGAGAGACUUCAAAACAACCAGGAGAUUUUAUGAAGAUGGAGCAAUUGUUCUUGGUGAAGAAGCAAAUAUGCUUGCUGGUAUGCUGUUGGGACUCAAUGCAAUUGACUUCAGUUUUUGUCUGAAGGGUGAGGGAUUGGAUGGAAGCUAUCCAGCUGUCAUAGAUUAUACACCAUACUUGAAGUUCACCCAAAGUUCUGACAGUAUCAGCAGUGAUGAAGAAGAGCUAAGAACACUGGGCAGUAGUGGCAGUGAAGGCAGUACUCCAGAGAACAUUGGCCCUCCUUUCAUCACAGAUGAAAACAGUUGGUACAACAAAUGCAAAAGGGUAGAACAGAAGUACCGGCUUGCAUUGGAACAGAAGGGUUAUCUUGAAGAAUUGGUACGACUCAGAGAAAACCAGCUGUCUGAAUCUGUCUCACAGAAUAAACUGCUCUUACAGAGAAUUGAAGAUAUGGAUCUAGCCCACAAAAUGGAGAAAGAGCAGCUGGAAUAUAUCAUUGUGGAACUGCAAGACCAGUUAACUGUGCUAAAGAAUAAUGACUUGAGAUCAAGACAAGAAUUAACUACUCACCUCACCAAUCAGUGGCCUUCCCCAGGAGCUCUGGAUGUUAAUGCUGUUGCCUUGGACACUCUACUCUAUAGAAAGCACAAUCAACAAUGGGAUGAGAAAAGUUUUCAAAGUCUGGACCAACUUUCAGCAGAAGUUAGUCUUUCUCAGUCCUCUCUGGAUCCAGGUCACUCACAGGAUGGGAAGCAAGAUGGAAUUAACUUGUUAAAUGAAGGGAAGGAAGACACUCCAUCUUUGCUUGGUCUUUGUGGCUCUCUUACGUCAGUAGCAAGCUACAAGUCUCUCACAAGUCUGAAAUCAAGUGAAUACCUUGCAAGUCCCACAACAGAGAUGACAAGUCCAGGCUUAACACCAUCUUGA